UAAAUGCAACAACUUAGCAACUAGAAUUUUUUUAAAUGUUCAAAAUAAAUGAAGUACGUUUAUCAAAUGAUGAAGAUUUUGAGAUGUUUCGAACUCUUGCAACAAGCACAGAUGAGUGGAUAAUUAAGUAUAAUAAAAAUGAUAUAAAAGUUUACACAAAGUGGACAGAUGAUUCCAGAAUUAAAUUAAUUAAAGUUUCUGCUAUGUUUGAGGGAGUCUCUCUAGAUUGUUUGUAUGAUGUUAUUCAUGAUCCAGAUUAUAGAAAGGUUUGGGAUAAAGAUAUGUAUGACUCAUAUGAUGUUUGCAAACUCAAUUCUAAUAAUGUGAUUGGUUGGUAUGCAGCAAAAUUGCCUCCCCCACUGAUGUUCAGGGAUUGGUGUUUAUUGCGUACUUGGCGUAAAACAAAUCAAGAGUUCAGCAUAUUUAAUCAUUCAGUGCAACAUAUGAAAAUCCCAGUACGCAAAAUGUUUGUGAGAUCUCAUUCUUAUGUAUCAGGGUACUAUGGAGAGAAAAUAACGGAUACUUGUACAAAAAUUACUUUUGUUAGUCAAACCGAUCCAAAAGGUAAGUUACCCAAGUGGUUUGUCAACACUCUUGCAACAGUGAUGUCUCCAAGAAUUAUGAAAAAACUUCAUAAAACAUCGCUUGCAUAUACUAAAUGGAAAAGCAAGAAUAACCCUCACAGCAAACCAUGGUUAGAUAAGGACAUUAACUUGCCUCUUCUUGAUUUUAAUGAUAUUAUUUUGUCAACUGAGUCUGAAGCUACAGCUAAUGAAAUCGAUGAAGUUGAUUUGGAACAGCAAGAAAAGUUAUCUAUUGAUCUGGAUCAGCAAGAAAAGUUGUCUAGUGAAAGUGAAUAAUAUUUUAAAUAUUAGUUUUUUAAUUUUUAUAAAAGUUAAUUAUAAUAAACCAAUUAGAAUGUUUUACUAGGUGGAUAAUUAAAAAAACAAAUGUAUGGUUAUAUUCGA